AUGGCUUCCACUAUCAAAUUAUACGGCGACGCAUCCAUCGAGUUGCAAACAGGACUUUUCAUCAACAACGAAUUCAGACCCUCACGCGACGGUUCCCUGUUUACCACGCCAAAUCCUGCCACUGGUGAAGAUUUGGCUACCGUGAGUGCUGCUACUGCUGAAGAUGUAGAUGAAGCCGUGGCUGCUGCCAGAAAGGCAUUCACCACCACGUGGGGCCUGAAGUCGACGCCUUCGCAGCGUGCUGAGAUUAUCAACAAAUGGGCAGACUUGAUUGAGCAGAACAAGGAAUCAUUGGCAAUGUUGGAAAGUUUGGAUAAUGGAAAACCGGUUUGGAUGGCUCGUGACGUGGAUAUCGCCGACAGCAUUGGGUGUCUUCGGUACUACGCUGGGCUUGCGGAUAAGAUUGAGGGACGGACAGUGGAAUUGCAGGAUGGUGUGAAGUUUGCAUUCACCAGGCCUGAACCAAUUGGGGUGUGUGGACAGAUCAUUCCCUGGAACUAUCCGAUCCAGAUGUUCAUGUGGAAGGUGGCCCCUGCUUUGGCUGCGGGAAAUACCAUAGUCAUCAAGCCGGCUGAGCAGACUCCAUUGAGUGCACUUCGUUUGGCAGAAUUGGCUGCGGAGGCUGGUUUUCCUCCAGGAGUGUUGAAUGUGGUCAACGGACUCGGCGCAAUAACUGGAAACGCCAUUUCUUCCCACAUGGACAUUGACAAGGUGGCUUUCACGGGAUCCACCAUCACGGGAAGAAAGAUUAUGGAGGCUGCCUCGAAGAGCAACUUGAAGAAAGUGACUCUCGAGUUGGGUGGAAAGUCGCCAGUGGUGAUUUUUGACAGUGUGGAUAUUGACCAGGCUGCCAAUUGGGCAUGUAUGGCUAUUCUCUUUAACCACGGCCAAGACUGUUGUGCGGGCUCUAGACUUUUCGUUCAGGACACCAUCAGCGACAAGUUCUUGGAAGUGCUCAAGAAAAAGGUGGAGGAGAUCGUCAUUGGUGACCCAGAGAAUAUAAAGACUUUCAUGGGCCCAUUGGUCUCCAAACAACAGCACGACAAGGUCAGACUGUACAUCAAAUACGGAUCCGAAGAUGGAGCUUCUGUUCUCUCUGGAGGAGAGGAGAAGUUGGCACACUUACCAGAAAAAUUCAAGAACGGCUACUUCGUUCCACCCACCAUCUUCACUGGAUGCAAGAAGGGAAUGAGAAUCGUUGAUGAUGAGAUCUUUGGACCUGUCCUCGCAGUGCAGACAUUCUCAACCGAGGAGGAGGCAAUUGAGUUAGCAAACGACACAUCUUACGGGCUUGGAGCAGGAAUUUUCUCCCAGAAUGCCAGUCAGUGCAUGCGUGCGGUCAACGCUAUCAAAGCUGGAACUGUGUGGUGCAACCAGUAUAUGGUGUUGAGCAAUGCAGUGCCAUUUGGAGGUAUGAAACAGUCUGGAUUUGGCCGUGAGCUUGGAAUUGAAGGCUUGAAAGAAUACACUCAAACCAAGGCUGUCCAUUGGAACUACGGAGAUGAGCUUCCUUGGCCACUUGAUGGAACCAAUAUUUAA